CUUCUACAAAACUAAGCAAACAAAGUGAUUUUUUAUUUUUUUUUGAAUUCAAUAAAAUCAUUACAUUUUUUAUCUUUUCAAAUCAUUACAUCCUUUCCCUUUCUUGUACUUUCAUUUUCUUUAAUUUGUUUCUCCAAACUUUAGUGUUCUCUCUCUCUUUCACUCUUUCCAUCAAUCUACAUCCCAAAAAUCAAGUACAGAUUAUCAGACGCAGAUUCAGAAUUUAGAGUCAAUUGGUCAAAGUAGUUAGAUGGAUGUGAUCUAUUAGACAUAUUUCCAUUUUCAUUUUCUCUCUCUCGAUAGUGGUUCAGUUGAAUUUAUUGUUGAACCUGUUCUAGAUCUACCUCUCUGAGAAUUAAUUAUACAAAAAAAGACUAUGGAUCCGUCGAACAAUUCUCUACCCCCUCCUUUCCACACGAGAAAUUUCAACUUACAGCAUCACAACAACCACCACCACCACCAGCAACAACAACAACUUCAGUUCCAACAUAGCUCGGAAGACGAGCAAAGUGGAACAAGUGGCCUAAACAUGUCGGGGCAAAAGAGAGAUCGCGAAGAGAACAACAACAACAACGACAACAACAACAACAACUACAAUGAUUCAAAUGUUGAUGAAUCAACGGAUGAGUUAGGCGUUAACGGAAGCCAUAGAGAUGGAGAGUUCAAUAGAAGGCCUAGAGGUAGACCUGCUGGAUCCAAAAAUAAGCCAAAAGCACCUAUCAUCAUCACUAGAGAUAGUGCAAAUGCCCUUAGAACUCAUGUUAUGGAAAUUGCUGAUGGUUGUGAUAUUAUGGAAAGUGUUUCAAAUUUUUCAAGAAGACGUCAAAGAGGAGUUUGUAUUAUGAGUGGAACAGGAAAUGUUACAAAUGUAAACUUAAGACAACCAGCUUCACCAGGUGCGAUUGCAACCCUACAUGGACGUUUUGAGAUAUUAUCCUUAGCAGGAUCAUUUCUCCCACCACCAGCUCCACCAGCUGCUUCAGGGUUGACUAUAUAUUUAGCUGGCGGACAAGGUCAGGUGGUGGGAGGUUGUGUGGUAGGGUCCCUUAUGGCAUCUGGUCCGGUUGUUAUUAUGGCGGCUUCUUUUAGCAAUGCAGCUUAUGAAAGACUUCCUUUAGAUGAGGAUGAUUCGAACCAACUUCCGGUUCAAGGAGGUUCACUAGGUUCUCCUGGAGCGACAAUUGCUCCAGGAGGACAACAACAACAAUUAUUAGCUGACCCUUCACUAUUUCAUGGAAUGCCACCAAAUCUUCUCAAUAAUGUUCAAUUACCUUCUGAGGCUUAUUGGGCAACGGGUCGACCUCCAUUCUAACUAGAUGAGAUUCGUACAAGGGCCGGGUAAUAAUUUUCUCUGAUUAACUUGUUUAAGGUCACGACCCUCCAGUAUUGGAUCAUAUAUGUUCAUGAUCCAAAAUUUGAGGGUCGUGACCUUUAAUUAGUUGAAAUUAUCUCCAUUUAGUUUACAAGAAUUCUUAGGAAUGUGUUGUUGUUGGUCAUUUUAUUAAGUUCUUCAUAAUUUCUUUUAAUUAGUCACAUUACACUUUAAUUUAGGCUUUUCUAUUGUGAGUUUGACUAUGAUCAAAUGAUAUGAAAUGUUUGUCAUUAAUUUGAUCAAUUG